AUGAAAAAGGAGGCCAAUGAUCUUUCAGCUUUGGUUCAAGACUACAGAAAGUUUGUCCAGGACUUGCUUGGCACCACUGAAAGUGCGAAUACCCAGUGGGCUCACUCUACUUUGCAAAAGUACCAAUCAUUGAUGGAAGAUCUGUCCGAAACAAUUCAACUUCCUACACCAAACGCCCAAGAUGAGGAUGGUUCACCAGAACCUGCCACCGACGCAGGCCAGGUUGACCAGUCCGACCUGCCGCAAGAGGAUGAACAAUGGCUGGAACCAAUAUUCAGCCAGGACGAGGAUGGAGAGGAUAAAGUUGCAGACGGAGUAAGGGCAAACACCCUCGACCAUGCCCUCGGCGAUUUUGCGACCAACGUUCCACAGCCAGUCAACAAGUACGGCAUGCCCUCUCGACAACUUUCGGAUCUUCUCUUCGAGGAGUACUGGAAUAAUGUGCACCCUGGCUUCCCUAUGAUCAAUCGACCGCUAUUCCGUGCCCAGUAUCAGAGUUUCUGGGAUCAAGGUCAGCAACCAGGAGACAAAUGGCUAGCAAUCCUCCACGUGAUCUUCGCAAUUGCGGCCAAAUAUGCACAUCUCACCCAGGCACCCUGGCGUGGAGAAGAAAAUGAUCACUUCCUAUACUUCAAUCGAGCAAGGUUGCUGAGCUUGACUGGUGAGGAGCUGUUUAGUCCCCCUAACCUUCAGCAAGUGCAACUCGAGGGUUUGGUUGCUUUCUAUUUGCUUGCAACCGAUCAGAUUGGCAGGGCCUGGAGAAUUUCUGCAUUGGCUGCAAGAUCCGCCGUCACUCUUGGCGUCAACCGAAGUCUCACGACAAAGCUGCCCGCCAAACUUCGAGAAGCUCGUUACCGACUCUGGUGGUGCCUUUACACCCUUGAACAAACACUGGGUCUCAUAUCGGGUCACAUCUCGUCGAUUCCCAAAGACAGGCAUGCCCCACCUCUGCCUAUUCCAUUCGAAGAAGAAGAGUUCGAGAUCGAUUCUUCAGCGUCGGCCCUACUUCAACACCCCGGGGUCCGAACGCAGUGGCUUCAGACAAUCAUGCCAAGCUCAAAGAGCUGGCCAAGCGAUAGCUACACCAACAAUACCGAACAAGAUUCGAAACCAAGAGAUGAUGCAUGGCUAAAGUAUCUGGAACCUAAUGCUGGCCUCUUCUAUCUCUUCUACUGUGACUUGGCCGUCAUCAUAGAAGAGAUCGUCAAUCAGAUCCACGUCUCCUCCAUAUGGAUCGACCGCGAGAAACGGAUCGACGACCUCCGCUCUCGCAUCGAAUAUUGGAAGAACAGUCUCCCAUCAUCUUUGGAUUUCACCACAGUCGAUCUCCAAAGCAGCAUGAGCCAGAUGCGAUACAAGCUCGGCCUUGCAUUCCACUACCAAAGCGCUCGAAUCGUACUAGGCCGUCUCUGGCUCUGUCGAAGAGACGAACUUGGUCCUGACCACUCACGAAUGCUCAAUCAUACAAUGGCAAUGAUGACUCUGGAUGCCGCGAAGCAGAUCCUCGAUUUACUACCCGACCAACCGAACACGGUACAACUCUACCAAAUGUUCCCAUGGUGGAGUGUACUCCACUAUAUCUCCCACGCCGCAAAGAUCAUCUUGCUCGAAUUAUCUGUCGGAUGUAUUCAUGUACAAGACAGUACGCCGCAUCUCGUCUGGCUGGUCAAAAAGGCCAUCUGUUGGUUACAUGCAAUGUCCACCCGCAGUCCCGGUGCAGAACGAGCAUGGCGGCUUUGUGACUCGUUUUAUCGCAAAUUAUCUGAACAGAUGAGAUACUGUACGAAUGAUAUUCCGCCAAGUGAUACUGCCAAUUCCUCAAAUUUGAGUCAGCAGUAUGGUGGUUCUAGGCCUACGGAAGUUGGGGAUUUGGAACCGUUUGGCUUUCAGAUUGAUGAUCUGGAGUUGACAGAUUGGACCACUUGAUGGCGUUGUUGGAAUAUUGGAAUAUUUAGACUUGCAUAACUUUAUCAUAAGCCUUUGAUAAUACAAAACCACACAAAUCUUUUUCUGAU